AUGUGUAUUAGCUAUAAACACUACUUGGAGACAAGACAUCAAAAUUCAGUUGACUUGGAAAUAUUUCCUGAAAAAAAUGGCAGCACAUACAGAAUAAGACUGGAGUCUAGUGGCCUUUUCUACUGUUCUAAAACUGGAAUUAAGUUCCAGGUGACAUCUCCAGUGACCAUUGAAUAUGAACUGGAUUUGGACCCUCACCAUCAUUACAAGAAACUGAUUCAGGAACAUAAUUAUGUGCGUGUGGGGCCGAUAUUUAAUGUCAAAAUAAGUGCAGAACCAGGCGUGGUAUCAGCUGUGUACCUGCCACACUAUGUGUGUCUGAAAGGUGGAGAUGUGGACCUAUCUAGAUUUAAAGUUGGUCACUUUAAAGAUGAUAACAUGAUCCUGGAAACAGCUGCAACAAUUGAGCCAUACUAUGUAGUAGUUGAAAAUCCUGACUUCUCACUUUUGGGAGCUCUUUAUAUGUUUUUAUCUACUGCAAUACGUAAUAUAAUCCCAAUUCAUGGUGCCGUUCUGGUUUAUUGCAAAUGCUCCAAGACCUACAUAAUACAUCUCUACCUGAUACCUAAUGAUAAUUCCAUAUAUGAGUGCAUCAAAAUUAAUGAAGAGGCAAAUCAAUUCUGUAGGCUCGAUGUACCACCACAAACCAAAACUCUGUACUGUAACGACACAUUUAGUGUGAAAGGACCAGCAAAUGCAAUGAUACAACCCAAGGAACUGAAUUUACUUCUUUACCCAGCAAGUCUGUAUCCUUAUAGUAAAAUCACAUUCAGGACAAUUAAAAGUUUGGCAUCUUUACAACUUGAAUCUAUGAGCAGUCAUUGUGAGAUCUGGCAAGGUUGUCUGACUGAAGAUGAUAUAAAAGAGUCAAAGAAACCACGUUCCUCAGAGGACUCAGACUUUAGCAUCCUCCUUAAUCUCCAGAAAAAACUCCCUCUUCAAAAUCUUUUCUUUGACAUCAGCAUUCAGGUGAAGCCCCAACUGCCCAAUGGAACACAGAUAUGGCCUCUUAAAACCCCUCAUCGAAAACAUUUAAAACACCCUGAAAAGAUGCACGGCUUACCCCAGCUGUAG